GCAACAACCAAAAUUCGCAGAAGUAAUUGUGUCUGUGCGUAACAUCAAAUGCCGUCCAUUCAAGUGAAACCAGAAUAAAGUGGUUAUAAGUAAAAAAAUUAAAAUCGGCCUCGAAAUCGGCUGAUAGUGUUAAAUGUUGGAACAAUUGAAUACGGGACUAGUUGUGUGAGGGUGGAUGGUGUUGGUGGGGCGGCGGGCAUGGCGGCGCGCGGGCGGCGGUCCGGGCGCGCGCGGCGGUGAGACGGGCGGCGGGGGGCGCGAUGCGCGCGGGCGCUUGGGCCGUGUGGGCGGCGUUGUGCGCAUGCGCGCUGGCGUCGGGCGAGUUGCGCGUGCUGCAGGCGGACGCGCGCGCCGCUUUCUACGUGGGCAUCGCCGCGCCGCCCUCGGCCGCCGCCGUCGUGCGCGCCUUUAACAAGAGCCUCGCGGAGAUCUCGCAGACCUACCUCGCCGGCGACUAUCCGCUGCAUCUCCGCAAUAUCACCCUGCUGCCGCUAUACAUCGAGUUGCCCGAAGAUGAAAGGUUCAGUGCGCGAAUGCUCGAGCGUACGUGCCACGCGUUGGGAGGUCGGCGCGUGGCGACGCUGCUCGUGGUCGGCGGCGGCGCGGCGGCGGCGGCCGUCGUGACGGCGGCAGCGCGCGCCGGCGUACCGGUGCUGAGAGCCUCGCCUUCACACCUGCAUCUCUCUUAUACUAUCGCCAACGAAAUACUCCCAAUGGAAAUCCGUUUAGAAAUUACAGCAAGGGAAACUUUAAACGCACUCAGGGCUACUCUUCUGCAUACUCACUGGCAUACUUUUACUGUACUUGCUGAGGAAGACAUAUAUUCUACUUUAAAACUGCGAAAAGAUCUCUCCUCGAUACUAGACUCCCAACCAUUGGAUCCAAAUUGGCUUUUUCUACCUUCAAAGUUUUCACAACAUGCUAUUUUUCGGAGGCUCGCUAAGAUAUCCAGGCUGACUCGGGGCGUUGUCGUACUGAUAUGUGAUAUCCAUUACGCUAAGCUUGUUAUGGAUGAGGCUAAACGUUUUAACAUGCUUGAUGGUCAUUUUUUUUGGUUAUGGAUUGACGCAUCCCGAGAGAUCGAUGUCUUCCGCAACAUCGGAAAUAGAACACAGUACAGCGAUGCCGACAAUUUAGACUUUGAUAGCGUAAUAGAUAAGGAAGAAGCACUAAGAAGCGAGGAAUUCGAACGCAGUAAACGCGGUGAAGUAGACAAUAAUUUGUUAAAAAAUAUUAACGAUCACGUUCCUGCGAAAUACCUUGACGAGGUUUUGAAUGGAAGUUCAAAUGACGAAAAUCGACUUUUAGUAAAUAAUAGUUCAAGAAAUUCGUUUUUUCAUUAUUUAAGUAGGAAUAAAAAUAAAUCAAAAGCGCACAGUAAUAACAAGAAAAUAUUAAAUAUAAGUUUUAGUCAAUCGUAUGAAAGUAGGCGCAAUAUUAGUAUGGAGAGUGUAAAAAAUAAUAAUGUAAAUAGCAAAGGCGUUGAAACUUCUAAAAUUGAAAACAAUUCUAUCGAGAAGGAUAAACUGUCCUUCCAUGUAAGAAAUAACGGUAGACGUAAUAGUUAUAGCAAAAUGAAAAAUGAAUCUUUUAACAAAUAUGUAAAUAGUAUAAAUAAAAAUAACGUAUAUAAUGAAAUGAAAACAUUAUUGCAAAGAGAUAUAAAUACAGAAGAAGAUGUACAUUUAAGGCAUAGGUUAGCACUCACAAGUGAUACUAGUGAUUUCUUAAUGAAUCCCACGGUGCAGACCUCCACGUAUAAAUUAAGGGAAUCGAUUGAAAAGCGAGGAGAAAAACUCAACAAAGAAUACGACAUUGAUGAUAGAUCUGAAGCAAUGAAAGACAACAUUACUACUAUAAUUGACAGUCUUCCUAUUGGACUAUUAGCUUUACAUCCCCAGCCAAUGAAAAUUGAUCGCUCAUUCAUUCGAGCGGCAGUGCGCAUGGCGGUGGGUGCGUUGCGGCGCGUUUUGCGUGCGUGCGACGCGUGGUCGGCCCAAGCGCAGUUCCUUAGCGAUGCCGCAGCCUCCUGUUGGGAGGAGCCCAGUGACGCUGCCGCCGACUUCUCUGCUGAUUUUGUCAGAGAAACCCGGAUUACAUCAGCAGCGGCACUUGCCGGAGGCACGGAGCGACCAGAGCCCGCGUUGACGUCUUCGUUUAGUUUUUUCAACUUGGUGCCCGGACCCACAGGGGGUAAUGUUUGGAGACAAGUAGGCCAUAUUCAUGGGCGCAUGGUGAGGCUCCACACCAUAGUGUGGCCCGGUGGUCAACUUGUAGCGCAUGGCCAGUCUUCGGGCGCCCGCACCAUAUACCGCAUCGUCACAGCCUUAGCACCACCAUUUGUAAUGGAAGGAGAACUAGACGAAGACGGUCAAUGCUUAAGAGGACUCCCCUGCCAUCGACCACAAACUUCCGAUAAAGACAACCUCACCCUGGCUUUUAAUGAUUUGGAAAGAGAUGAUGAUGACCAUCAACCUACAGAUUUUUUCUUUCCUACACCGAAACCUACGAUUCUUCCGAAAAUGGCUACUCACUGUUGCUAUGGACUAGCGAUGGAUUUAUUAGAAAAUAUUGCCCAGGAAUUGGAAUUUGAUUUUCAUCUAUAUCUAGUCGAAGAUGGACUUUAUGGAUCUCGUAAGCUAGUGAGAUCCUUUAGUAAACUGCAUGAGUUCACAAACUUUUUGAAUGAUGAGCCCAUGUUUACUAUGUCAGAACACCUUAAUUAUCGAGCUCAGUUUCGGAAUGGUUUCAAAGCCAAUAGUAAAGAACAAUAUAGUGAUCCAAAUUAUGAUGAUAAUAUAGACGAAGAGAGCCAGAAAUGGAAUGGAAUUGUCGGAGAUUUAGUAUCUGGAUCCGCCCACAUGUCUUUCGCGGCACUCAGCGUGUCUGCGGCACGCGCGGAAGUGAUUGACUUCAGUCAACCUUAUUUUUAUAGCGGCAUAUCACUUUUAGCAGCUCCGAACCAAAAGGCCGAUAUACCAUUAUUAGCGUUUCUACUGCCAUUUUCAACUGAAUUAUGGAUUGCCAUAUUUUUGUCUCUAAAUGUGACCGCCAUCGCGGUUGCUAUAUACGAAUGGCUGUCACCUUUUGGUUUAAAUCCUUGGGGCCGACAAAGGUCAAAGAACUUUAGCCUUUCUAGCGCGCUAUGGGUGAUGUGGGGUCUUUUAUGUGGACAUUUAGUAGCAUUUAAAGCUCCUAAGAGUUGGCCUAAUAAGUUCCUUAUAAAUGUCUGGGGUGGCUUUUCUGUGAUAUUCGUUGCCAGUUACACUGCCAAUAUUGCCGCUCUAAUAGCAGGAUUAUUUUUUCACAAUGCUGUUGAUGACUAUCAAGGACGAAAUAACUGGCUUUCUUUGCGAGUGGGUACAGCAAAAUCAUCCAUAUCGGAGUACUACGUUCAAAGAGGCAAUCCACAAUUGGCACAAAGGAUGAGAGGCUACGCACUUCAGAACAUUGAAGAAGGCAUUCAACGAUUGAGGAAUCGAACGUUGGACCUUUUGAUAGCAGAUACUCCUGUUUUAGACUACUACCGCGCCACUGAUCACGGCUGCAAGCUGCAGCGGGUAGGAGACCACGCUUUCAUAGAAGACACUUAUGCAAUAGGAAUGGCCAAGGGAUUUCCUUUACAGAAAAGUAUAUCAGCGGCGAUAGCCAAGUAUUCAACGAAUGGGUAUAUGGAUAUAUUAACUGAUAAGUGGUAUGGAGGAUUACCAUGUUUCAAAUUGAGCCAAGACUAUGGAAUUCAGCCAAAACCGCUUGGUGUAGCGGCUGUGGCGGGCGUGUUCCUCCUGCUCCUCGUGGGGAUGAUUGUUGGCUUCCUCAUAUUGAUUCUGGAACACUUAUUCUAUAAAUACACGUUGCCUGUUUUGCGACAUCAACCAAAAGAUGCUGUUUGGAGGAGCCGAAAUGUUAUGUUUUUCAGUCAGAAACUCUACAGAUUUAUUAACUGUGUAGAACUUGUGUCGCCACAUCACGCCGCGCGAGAACUAGUAAACACUAUACGGCAGGGGCACUUUACGUCGCUUUUCCAGAAAAGUGUUAAAAGGAAGGAACACGAACAGCGUAGAAGAAGACGGAGUAAAGCGCAGUUUUUUGAAAUGAUUCAAGAAAUUCGAAGGGUUCAACAAGGACGUGAUCAGUCAUUGGAUUCUAUAAAGGAGCACGUGGCUGUAGAAACCUCUGAAGUUUCUGAAGAAUUGACGGAGUCAAAGUUCCUCUCCCCUUCACCUGAAGUACCCUCUCGCUCGCCUCGACCGGGUCGAUCUCCUCGACAGCUUCGCUCUCCACGAGGAAGACGAAAAAGGUGUAGUUUGGCCGGACUUAAUGUGAGGAGAUUCAGCACUGAUUCGGUUCUAGGGUCUGAUUCAGGAUCAAUUUAUGAGCGGACAAGUCUUAAUAUAGGAAGAAGACUAAGUCGUGACGUCAGCUGCUUGACUAGUUCUCCUCCUGAUAUAAAUACCCGGUUGCGAACACCAUCACCAAUGGUACGACGUGCCGAGGGAUCAUCUACAAGGUCGUAUCAAGAUGUAUCAGAAAAAUCAGAAAGGUAUUUAAGCUCUGACGGACCGCGUUCGCGAGCUAGCGUAGAAAUUUUAGUAUCUGAAGAACAAGACGUGCCUCCAGCGCCACCAUACCCUAGAGUGUCUCCGACCGGAGGAAGAUCAGAGCUUUCACAAUUGUCGGAAGAAGAACUCAUUAGAUUAUGGCGAAGUUCGGAAAGAGAAGUGAGAGAGGCACUGCUAGCAGCAUUGCAAGAAAGACGGGCGAACUUAGAUCCAAAACAAGAUCCAGGAUGAAGGAGCUACACGUGAACUUUUGAAAUACAUCUGAAAGGCGUAUGUUUGAUGAAUUCUCAUUCUGGUUGGAUCACUUUGCGUGAAAGCAUUGGGUGCGGAAAGAGAACGAUCUAAGUUGUUAUGUUAGUGCCUUUUUAAAUUGUUUGAUGCGGACCUAUCUGGCAGGCGUUAGAUAAUCGGUGUUCAUUUCAGUGUCUUGAUAUGACUAUCAAGUUAGAGGCUGCCUUAUUUUAUCGUUAUUGCCUCUUACUUUUUGAUCCGCCUCAAACAAUCUAAAUAGGGUACUCGGCAAAGAAGUUAACGUCCAGAAAAUCAAUUUAAGCAUUUAGUAGAAAUAUAUACGUUUAAAUUUAAUUCUAAAGAAGAAUAAUUGUGUAUGUAGUGUAAGUAUAUUACAUUAUAGCUGUGACCAGACGAUUCAAAGUGCUUUAUUCUAUAGCCUAGUGAAUGGUAGAUAUUUUCAUUUAUAAAAUAAAUAUACACGUUAUUAUAUUUUCAUGGCAUAAGCAUGAUCUAAUCAAUAACUCUUCAAGUUAGAAAGUUUAAUUGAUUAGAUAAAUAGUGUUAUGUAGAUAUGUCUUAAACGUUCUUUCAGGUUAAACUCUUACUUGAAAUGUAAUAGAAAGGAUUUAUAAUAUUAAAUAACUACGAGUUAUUUAUAUAGGUAUGUCUUAUACGAAAAAUUUAUUGUUCCUAGUUUUAAGUUAAAGCCGUACAAACAUUUAAAUUGUCCUUUUUCCUAGUCUCAACUACUUUUGUUUUUUAUUUGUAAAAUAUAUAUAUCAUGUUUUCGUUCAAAAUGCCCACACAAAUGUCAACUUCAUUCAUUCUCUAUAAUGUAUUUAGAUACUUCGUGGAAGUUCAGUAUACUAUUACUUGUACUGAAAUAUAAUGUGCCAUUUAGAUAUAUCAUCUUACAAUUACGUUAAUAUAAGUUCGAAAUAACGAAAAUCAAAACUGCCAACUAUAUUUUAGUAGAUAGUUUAUAAGAAUUAAUACACUUUCUUCCUAGACUUGCACCCUAGAUUUUAGUUUAGAUUUUCUCUUUACAAAUUACUAUAUCAAUUUGACCUAUUUAUCACUAGCCCAGCUUUUCACAAGUUUGUGGUGUUUGCUUGUUUAAACUGUCAGUGUCAUUCAAAUCAAAGCGGUCAAAGUGUUCAGUAGAGUUGAUAUAAUAUAAUAAGAAUACCUAUGAGCAAUAUUUAGAACACAUUGAGUCCAUUACUGUGCCCUUAGACUUAUUUGGUUAGUUUUGUGUGUUAUUGUACUUAAAAUAAUGUGUUAAUUAUUAUGUGAAGUUUUGCAAGAGAUCCUCCCUUACAUAUUGUUUAAUAUGUAUUAGUAUAGCCGCUACUCCUACAGAAAUAAUAAUUACUUCUUAUAUAAAAAUAUCCUUUAUCGGAAACGGUAGUUUUUCUGGUAAAUUUUUUUUGCCUAUGAAUAACGCGAUGAAUAAAGUUAAGGGUCGUAUAUACUUGAAAUUUAACAUUCCAAUGCCAGAAAUAAAAUGACAUCUUAAAAGCAUGUAAUCAUAAUUAUUGUUCUCAAUUUAUGCUGAUACUGAUUACCAUGACUUUUUUACCGAUAUAUUUCUGUUUAAUAAAAAAAAAUUAAAAACUGUAAGCGGAAGUAAGAUGGCGAUAAACAAAAUGAUUUUGCAAAUAGAUUAGAAAACUUUCUUUUACUUAGCCUAUUAAAAUGUCUCACUGCUGGCUUUCCCCUUGACCUUCACGACUCCCGUUGAUGUACUUUUUCUGGCAAGUUACUGAGGAAGGCAUCAAUGUUAUCCCGCCAUCCCCAUUUGGGUCUGUCCCAUCCGCGGUUAUUUUGCGGUAUCCUCUAUACUAGCUCACCUAUCCAGAUGCAUGCUGCAGACGUGGCUGGCCCAUUCUCACUUCAGCCUGGCAGUCUUCUCUCCUACGUCAGCAAUGCGUAUUUUGGAGCGCAGAGUAGUGUUCCGACUGCAAUGCGUCCCCGUGGCAUCUAGAAUGCUGCACUCCAUUGCUCGCUGGUAAUCAUUGAAUUUGGAUAUCUGGGUCUCCGUAAGCGACCAUUUUGGGGUACCGUAGUUUAGGACAAGCAGAAUAUACAUGUCAACAAGUUAUAUAAGAAGGUCGCGACCUUCCAUUCGAAAUUUAAAUUCCACCUAUAAGCGUUUAAUUACUCGUAGCUCCUUCCUCCAUAUUUCUAUUUACAAGAAAUAAAAGAGACAUACAAAAAAAUUACGUAGAUUUACAUAGGCAUAUCUAUCACAAUGGUUCUAUAAAGAUUAUUUUUUAAAUUGAACCCACAUAGGGGUACUCCUUGUUUAUUGUCUGAUGUAUGUAAGGUAGAGGCAAGGAACAGAAACUCCUCAGGCAGACUUGUUGCAUAAGUGUCCAGCUAUCACCUAUAAAUAAUAGUUCCAAAUCUCUCCAGAGAAGCGCUAGAGUAGCUAAGAACCCAGGCGUUAUUGACGGAGUGAAGUACGCUGUCUAUGAUUAGAUUUUUUUCUCAAGUAUUCUAGGUAUUCUAGCGCCACCUAUUUAUGGUUUUUUGUCGGACACUUUUUGGUAUAUGGAGAUUGUGUUACUUACCUCUACCUUUCAUAGUCUGAUAAAACUAUUACUUACCUAAUUGUACACAAGCUGUCAACUAUUGCCCACAGGAGCGACAACUUUUUUAUAUUUAUGUAUGACCCACAAAUCACAUUCCUAACGCAUACUAAGACAUUGUCUUUUAAUUUCUGGGUUUGUGUGAAACUAAUAUCUAGAACCACUAUUACAAACCCUAAAAAAUUUAAGCUGGCUCUCACUUUUUCAUAAUUUUCAGAAAAUAGUGCCUACAUAUGUUACUUACCGAUAAACAGCUGCAAUCCAAUGUUAUUAUUACAAUGUUGGACCAAAUUUUAUUUGUAAUAAUUAAUUACUUACAAAUUCUAUUGGAUGUGAGUCAUCUAGUGAUAUUUGAAGUCUUAUGCAUUUCUCUCUCUAAUGAUUAAUAUUAUGCUCUAUACUUAGAUAUGGGAAUAGACAAAACAUGAAAUAUAAAGUAGAUUGAAAAUAAAUAAAACAUAUUGUAUAUAGACACUUAAGUAUUGCAAAAAAUGAUAUUAUUGUAUAAGAUUUUAUUAUUUAAAGACUUAGUUCAAUGCACAUUUGAGUGUGUAAACGUAUUCUAAUUUAUUCUAAGUUCAUAAGCAUAACAAAUACC